GGCUUCGAUUAUACGAAGUACAACCACAUCCACGCUCCUGUGUACCGCUAUUCUACACCUUCUCGUCUUUGAUACCCAACUCAUCCUCCGAGAGGAUCAACCGCAAAUAUGCAAGCUCCGGUGGUCGUGAUGAACACCCAGACGGGCGGAGAGAGACAGUUCGGCCGCAAGGCGCAGCUCUCCAACAUCACUGCUGCGAAGACAGUCGCAGACAUCAUCCGGUCAUGUCUAGGCCCCAAGGCCAUGCUGAAGAUGCUGCUGGACCCCAUGGGUGGCAUCGUGCUCACCAACGACGGCCAUGCCAUUCUCCGCGAGAUCGAGGUGGCGCAUCCGGCCGCGAAGAGCAUGAUUGAACUGAGCCGGACACAAGACGAAGAGGUUGGAGACGGCACCACAACCGUCAUAAUAUUAGCCGGUGAAAUGCUCGCCCAAGCUCUCCCCCAACUCGAGCGAAACAUCCAUCCCGUCGUGAUAAUCCAAGCCUAUAAACGCGCUCUAGCCGACGCUCUCAAGAUCAUCGAAGAGAUUUCAAUCCCAGUAAACAUCGACGACGACAAAGCCAUGACUGCCCUAAUAUCUGCAUCAAUUGGCACAAAGUUCGUCUCGCGCUGGUCAGACCUGAUGUGCGGCCUAGCCCUUAAAGCCGUCCGCACAGUCUCGUUUGACGCGGGAGCAACAAAAGCAGAGGUGGACAUCAAGCGAUAUGCCCGCGUAGAGAAGAUCCCCGGUGGUGAGAUUGAGGACAGCGAGGUCCUGGACGGCGUCAUGCUCAACAAAGACAUCACACAUCCCAAGAUGCGGAGACGGAUAGAGAACCCCAGGAUCCUGCUUCUGGAUUGCCCACUCGAGUACAAGAAGGGCGAGAGCCAGACGAACAUCGAAAUCAGCAAGGAAGAGGACUGGAACCGGAUACUGCAGAUUGAAGAAGAGCAGGUCAAAGCCAUGACCGAUGCCAUCAUCGCGCUAAAGCCCGACCUCGUCAUCACUGAGAAAGGCGUCAGCGACCUCGCCCAACACUACUUCGUAAAAGCGAACAUCACCGCCAUCCGCCGCGUCCGAAAGACAGACAACAAUCGAAUCGCCCGCGCUACGGGCGCUACCAUCGUAAACGCCAUCCCUUCCGCCACUCUCGCCGACAUCGGGACGCACUGCGGCCUUUUCGAAAUUUCAAAAAUCGGCGACGAGUACUUUACCUUCCUGACAAAAUGCCAAGACCCCAAAGCCUGCACUAUCCUUCUCCGCGGCCCCUCAAAAGACAUCCUCAACGAAGUCGAGCGCAACCUCCAAGACGCCAUGGGGGUCGCCCGGAACGUCAUCUGGAACCCGCGUCUGUGCCCUGGCGGCGGCGCAACGGAAAUGGCCGUAGCCGUCGGCCUGGAGCGCAUGGCGAAGAGCGUCGAGGGCGUGGCGCAGUGGCCGUACCGCGCAGUCGCAGAAGCGAUGGAGGUGAUCCCGCGCACGCUGAUCCAGAACUCCGGCAACAGCCCCAUCCGCGUGCUGACCCAGCUACGGGCAAAGCACGCCGAGGGCGCGGACUUCAGCGGCAGCUCGUGGGGGAUCGAUGGCGACAGCGGGAAGGUGGUGGACAUGAAGACGUACGGCAUCUGGGAGCCGAUGGUGAUCAAAGAGCAGAGCAUCAAGACGGCCGUCGAGAGCGCGUGUAUGCUGCUGCGGGUGGACGAUAUUGUGGCGGCCAAGGCGGCGAAGCAGGCGAGUGGGCCGAUUGGGCAGCCUGAGGAGUAG